AUGGCGGCGGCGGCGGCGACUCCGCAACCACCCCACAUGCACUUCCUCGCCGGCAAGAAAAUCGUCGUCGCCGGCUGCGGCAUGGCCGGCCUCUCCUUCGCCAUCGCCCUGCGCCGGCUCUGGGAUGAGGACCCGGCGUCGGCCCUCCUCCCCGCGCCCGAGCUGCUCCUCCUCGACCGCGACGGGCGCCGCAUCGGCCCCGCUCGCGAGGGCUACUCGCUCUCCCUCAACGGCGUCGACGCCGACGGUGGGCUCGUCGCCUGCCGUGACCUCGGGCUGCUCGACGAGAUGCUCGCCCGCGCCGUCACGGGCGUGGAUGCGGACGGAGAGGGCGCCGGGUUCCGCAUCUGGGAGGCGGCGGCCUGGCGGGAGUUGCUACGCGUCAACGCCGCGCCAUACGGCGGCCUGCCCACGUCGGGGAUUCGCAUCACGAGGCGCCAUGUCCGGGACGUGCUCAUCGAGAGGGUCGAGCAGACCGACACCAUCCACUGGCAUCGGACGUGCACCGCGGCGGAGCGCCUCCCCAACGGCAUGAUCCGCGUGCACGUCUCGCCAUCCUCGGGCGACAGUGACGGAGAGGCAGCGACGAUAGAGGACUGCCAUCUGCUCAUCGCCGCCGACGGCGCGCACAGCAAGAUUCGCGCCAGCUUCCGGCCCGGCGACAGCCUCCGCUACGCCGGCGCCGUGCAGCUCGGCGGCGUGGGCCGCUUCCCCAAGGGCCUCCCGCCGCCCCUCACCCGGAACUGGGGCAUGGUGCUCACGGGCGAAGGCGCUGCGUGCUUCUUCUCCCCCGUUGACAGCACCGGCGUAGUCUGGGCGCUGAGCCAGCUCGAGCCCGAGGACGCACGCUCUACGCCCUACGACCGCAUGUCCGCCACGGCCUUUGCAGCGCUCAAGGACGAGGCCCUCACCACGGGACGCGCCAUCUCAGAGCCGUUUGCCAGCAUCGUGCGCGCCACGGAGCAGGACACGUCGUUUGUGCUGCCCGCGCGGGACCUGGAGCCGUUUGGCCAUGCGGGCGAUGCGUCCCUCCGCGGCGUGGUGUUCCUGGGCGACAGCAACCACGCUGUCAGUCCGUUUGCCGGCAACGGCGCCAACAUGGCCCUCAAGGAUGGAUGGGACCUCGCCAGUCGGCUGUGCGCGGCGGGCUCGCUCGACGAGGCAGUGGCUGCGUACGACGCGCUGGCACUCCCUCGGGCGCGACAGACGCUCAAGACAUCGCACGACCGCAUCGCCAUGGGACACUGGACGGGGGUGCGGUAUUGGGGGUUCAGGGUCGCGCUGUGGUUUGGUAGCUGGUUCAUGUGGCUGGCUGGCCGGUAG